AUGCCUUCACGCCAGCUCCUGUCCACCCUCCUCACCUCCCUCAGCAGCACCCGCUGGUCUCUGACGAGGACACUCCGAAGCGAUAACCCACUCGAUCUCAAUGGCGAACUGCGCGGCACUGCGACCUUCACCGCCCAGAGCCCUGGCGACUGGCUCUACUGCGAAGAAGGUGACAUGCCCGCCAAUAUCGGUAUUCCCAUGCAACCGGGCAUGCGCUGGUCCAAGAAGUACAUCUGGCGCCUGGGCCAGGACACCGAUCGGAUCAGUGUGUGGUUCGUGAAGGUCGCCGCCGGCCCGGAGGAGGCCGAUUACCUGUUUCACGACUUUGACUUCGAUGUCGACACCCUAGUACCCGAGGAGAAAUCGGCGGCGCAGAAGGAUCCCGGCGAGUUUGUGGCCUCCCCUGUACCACCGGAAGUUUUGGCAUCGGACGCCGGCAACGAGAACUCAGUGCUGAACGCGCGGGGCAACCACCUCUGCAUCAACGACAUGUAUCGGACAGCGUACGCGUUUCGGAUCGAGCCAGCGACCGGCCAGGUCUUAAGCUGGGCAAGUCGGCAUGUAGUCAAGGGACCCAAGAAGGGCCAGGAGAUUAUCAAUCGGUACGAGAAAGGGGUCUGA